GAACGCAAGACCAAGGCAAGUUGCUGAUCCUCGGCGCCUCCUCCGUCAUUCCCGCUUCCCCCUCUCUCAUCCUCCCCGCCAUGCCUCUCUUCGUCCCUCUGCCGGAGUGCGCGUCACCGACGAAUCGCAUUCUGCCGCCUCCCAUUUCUGCGUCGCCUGUGUAUACCUAUCCCCGUCGCCGUCGGUGCAAUCCGUCUCCCUACUGCCUCUGCGGCUGCGUCGGUAUCACGUAGCACCGCGCAGGAGACGUGCGCACCACGUGCGACAGCGCGCACCCGUCAGUCGCAGGCUGAACAAGAUCCAAGCCGCCGCCCCCUCGCGCCUCUCCUUUUUAUCCGCAUCUGCCCGCCCCGAUCCCGCUUCCGCGCCAGAACCUGCUGCUGACAUGUCCUAUCUCGAGUCUAUAGUGCGAUAGGGGACGACCUCACUGUCUAGCAUGUUAGUCUAUUGCAGCCAUUUUCACCUAUAUGUAUCGCCUAAGGCGCACCCCCCUUCGACGCAUGCUAACAUAGCUCCCCUCCUCCCCUCCUCCCCCCGCCUUCAGGUAUCAAACGCCAAACCGAGUGCAAGUAUGCGCAUGUGGCAAACCUCCUCGAGGAGACGUCGCGGCCGGCUAUCAAUGGCCGCAGGAUGACAAAGCCGCCAAAGAAAAAGGUGACGAUGAGUGGAAUGAAGCCCGCCGUUCCGAAUAUAGCAGACAGAGGUAUGCUAUCCGGUCGGACAGCUUCUCGUGGGUCCGUCGCGUCGUCAAGAGGGCUCCUCUCUAACGUAUCUACAUCCCGCCCCACAGCGUUCAACGUCUUCGGGAUAGGCGCGGAGCAUCCCUUUGCCAACUACUGGACUUGCGAGGGCGGGCUCCCCGAAGUCAUCGGAGUCCUGCCCGACAAGUUACAGGCCGACAUCUUGUUGAGCCAGUACUAUGAAUGCGUGGACCCCAUCUACCCCAUCAUAGACCGCCACGCCUUCUACCUCGAAUAUGAGCAAUUCUGGGCGCUGCAGGACGCCGAGAAGACCGACGCCGCCUUCGUCGGUCUUCUCUUCACCAUGAUGGCGUUAGGCACCCAGUUUGUCUCGACAACCAAUGCGAGGGACCGCAAACAGACGUCCGAAUUCUACGCCUCGGCCGGCAACCAGGCGUUACGCAUGAUGUCGUACCUGAAUACGGCGUCGCUGCGCUCCGUCCAGGCUAUGGUGUUGAUCGGUUACUUCCUGAUCAACGACAAUCACGCCUCGGACGGUUGGGCUUUUUCCGGCUUAUUACUGAGGCAAGCUUAUGCGAUGGGCCUGCACAGGGACCCAAAUCUCGUCAUCCCCAACGGGAGCGCGUUCGAAAAGCAACAGCGGCGUAAGCUCUGGCAGGCCGUCCUCGUCCAGGACACCUUCCUCACCGUGCUGCUCUCGCUGCCCCCCAACGCGACGCAUACGGACGUCAAGGUGGACGACUUCGUCGACGACCCUACGGGCGCGGAGCCGGACCUGACCGAUGCCGCGUACCUGCGCGGGACCUGGAUGCUGGCGAACCUGGUGCAGGAGACGAUCUCGAGCCCGCGGUCGCUAGACGUGCCGAUAUGCGCGACGCAGCGGCAGAAGUCGAAGCUGGUGGCGGACUUCCGGGCGGUGUACCGGUCCUUCCCAGACGUUUUCCGGUCGUGGGAUCAGGAGAGCAUCGCACAGCUCGCGUGUACGAACAAGCGGGCGGUGCGGCAGACGCUCUUCCUCAGCAGCAACUACUACCACAAUCUCAUGCUCGUGCACGCGUCCGAGAGCGCCGACGUGCCGGUUAAUGUGCGCGCGACGCUCGAAGCUGCCCACGAGGCUAUCGCCAGCUUUUUUGUCCUCUUCACCCUCUUCGACACCGAGGCCCGCGUCUGGUGGGUCUUCCACCACCGCGCGUUCCUCGAGGCCCUCUGCAUCGGCAACGUCCUCCACGAGGCUGCCCAUGACCCCUCCGCGGCCGCUGCCGACCAGUUCUUCCGAGACCCCGUGUUCGCUAGGGCCAGGGCCGACAUAACCCGCAUGGUCCAGAUCCUCAAGGUAAUGGCGGACGGCGAACAAGGCACCGAGGACGCCAGGACGCGGGUGGCCGUACUGAGCGAGUUCCUGUAGGUGACGUUACGACAUUAUCCAAAAAAGGGGAGGGAAGAAAAGAAGGGGGUAUACAAGUAACGGUAACCCCUGCCAC